AUGCGUCGACUUCUCUGCGUGCACGUAUUCCUAUGCUGCCUCAGUAUGGCUCAUCCCUUCUGUCCAUCGCAGUGCACCUGUGUCUUCCAUGGACGUAAUGAUGGAAUAGGAAGCAGAUCUGUGCUCUGCAAUGACCCAGACAUGUCUGAUAUCCCUGUCAACGUUCCAGUGGAUACGGUUAAGCUUCGAAUUGAGAAAACCGCUGUACGCCGAGUCCCAACAGAAGCUUUUUACUAUCUGGCGGAUCUGCGAUACCUGUGGAUUACUUACAAUUCCAUAACCUCAGUGGAUUCUGGAAGUUUUUACAACCUCAAAGUGCUCCACGAACUCAGGCUGGAUGGAAAUAUGAUCUCUGUGUUCCCCUGGGAGUCUCUAAAAGAGAUGCCUAGGCUGCGGACACUGGAUCUGCACAAUAACAGACUCACCAAUGUUCCCACAGAGGCCAUCCCCUACCUCCUCAACAUCACCUACUUGGAUCUAUCCAGCAAUAAAUUAGCAACCCUGCCCUCUGACCUCAUGGAUAUCUGGCCUCCCUUCAAUGGAGCCCCCAUUUCUACGAACUCCUCGCAGAAAAUCGUGUUAGGUCUCCAAGAUAAUCCCUGGUACUGUGACUGUAAAAUCUCCAAGAUUUUAGAGCUUUCCAAAAUGACAGACAGCCCAGUGGUGUUAAUGGACUUGUUCCUGACCUGCAGUGGACCGGAGAAUCUGGCUGGUUACCUUUUUCAACGUGUUGAACUUGACAACUGUGUAAAACCAAUCGUCAUGACCUCUGCAACCAAGAUCACAUCUUAUCUGGGCAGCAACGUUCUCCUGCGAUGUGAUGCCACAGGGAUGCCAACACCAAAUCUGUACUGGGCUAGAGCAGAAGGCUCACCAGUUAACAACACAGUUCAGGAGUCACCUGGAGAUGGCAUCAAGUGGUCCAUCAUGAGUUUGCAUGGAAUAUUGCCCAAAGACGCUGGGAACUACAGCUGCAAAGCUACGAAUGUUGCUGGCAGCGCAGAAGCCACUAUUUCCCUCUCAGUUGCUGGUACCAUCAGUACCACGAUGCCGCCAGAGAGGCAAAGCACGGAGACUGCACCGACCAGCCAAGGCACAACACUGACUCCCACUACGGAAAUAUCUGCCUCACCUAUUGUAACAUCUACAGUUCCUCCGAGAACAACACCAACCCCACCUGCAGUAACCAAGAAGCCGAGAACUACCCCCAGCAUUGGUUUACAGAAGGGCUCACUCAAACAAACGAAGACCCAGCAAGGAGGGAAAGGGAGAAAGCUCGCAGCUGAUGAGAAAAGCAAGAAAAGCGAUGCAUCGAAGUCCGUCAAGGACCUGAAGAUUGUAGAGGAGACGGCUGACAGUGCAGUGUUGCUCUGGACAGCAGAUGGGUUACCAAACGAUGCACCACUAACAGUUGUAUAUUCCCCCUAUGAUGAGGAUGACACCAAAAGGACAGAAGAAACUAAUGCUGGCAGUGGAAAAGUCCUUCUUGAGGGUCUUUCCUCUGGGAUGAGGUACUCAGUUUGCCUCAUAGCAAAAGGUAGUGAUGCCGGAAAAGAUCCGUGCAUUGACUUCUACACACUGGAGAUUGUAGAGGAUGGUGGUCAGAACCAGGUCUUCAUGAUUAUGAGCGGCAUCGCCUGUGCUUUGGUUUUGCCUCUCAUUGCCCUGUUGCUCUACAAGAUCCUCGAUCUCUACUGCAAAGGGCGUGAACCAGAUCUGGAUGAGGAGGAGCUGGAAAAAGAGAGCUAUGUCAAGUUCGAGACGAUUUCAAUGAAACAGCGAACUCUGAACUCUAAUCCCACUGAGUUUUGGGCAAGGAGAGCAACCCAUGACUCAGAGCGAAUGCUCCUCUGCUCUAGGUCGAGCAUAGACUCUCAGAUGACCUAUAAGAGUGACAGUUCCCGGUCUGAGUAUCUCUGCUGA